UUCGGCACGCGCACUCGAACAAUAAAUAUACCAUCUAAUGGUACGCCAUCGUCGUCGUGCGCGCAAGCCUUUGGUGGAAUUAACAAUGCUCUGCUGCAUAACACGUGCAGAAAUCCCGUAAAGACGCUGUUCGUCAAAAAUCGUGAUUGCACGCGCGCUGACUAACUCGUUCGUUACCGUUCAUAACCAAAAUAAAAAAGCUCCGUCGUCAGUGCGUGCCCAGCCGGUUUCGUUGUUCAUGUUCAACGUGACCGCAGUACCUAGUACACUUCGCGAGUACCGAAAAGUGCCCGGUAUCUGUUUAUCAAAUCCUGCAUCUAUUUUCAACAUCGUUUCGACCUCACGUGAUUUUCCGGACCAUCCGGCUCGUUUACGUCUGAAAAUCCACCACAAAUCAAACUACCUGGCGGCGACCGACGAAAAUCGAUCGAUCGGUCGAGCCGCUGGUCAUCUAUAAGACGACGACGACGACACGAACACGACCGGUUUGGGACGAGUGAGGGCCGUUUCACACUCGAACUGAACUAUCGUGUGAAAGACACUUAGCUGACUCCGACACCGCAAGACAAGGUAGACUAUUUAGGUGUACACCGUUGUGCGUUCGGUGAAUUCGACGAGCUGCAAUGAUCGUGCCACUCACCGAUGCUCAGCUGAAAGCCAUUCGGAACUCCUGUCCAAGGUCCCAGGCCGAGAUCGACCAGGACUUGGCCAUUGUAAGACAUUGGCUGGACAAGCAACCGCAUCUGCCCAAACCUAGUGAAAAGUUUAUCAAACAAAUUUUGUUCAGCUUGAAAUACCGCACGGAAAAGGUAAAACUCGUGAUUGAUAAUUUCUACACCGUCAAAGAAACGUUCCCGCAAAUAUACGGAGAUCUAGAUCCGACCACAGACGUUUUCCGAAAACAUGUGGAAUCGGUAUAUAUGUUCCCGUUGCCUAAACUCACUCCGGACUUGAACCGAGUGCUGUGUUAUCGGAUGGCGACGACGGACGCGAAAGCGUUCUGUCCCGAUAAUCAGUUGAAACGCAACGAAAUGAUGUGGAACUUGUUAUUCGACGAGGACGAGUUGACGCUGGGUAACGUAUGGAUAUUCGACUUGACAAACAUGGACACGAUGGCUCAAUGGGCGCAUUUCAACAUGAACUUUAUGAAGAAAGUCCUCAAAAUAAGCUUGGACGCGAAACCGGUUAGGAUCAAGAAAGUUCAUUUCGUAAAUAUAUCACAGAUGGCCGAAACCACGCUUAAUUUCAUCAAAAACUUUUUCCCGCAAAAAUUCAGAGACAGGAUAAUAUUCAAUGCCGUUUCGGAAAAUCUGCAAGAUUAUUACCCAAUAGACAUGCUGCCCUACGAGUGGGGUGGUAAGGCCGGAACAAUGGCAGAACUUAACCAACGAUUACAUGAAGAACUAAUAAAGCGUAAAAAUUGGUUCGUCGAGAUGGAACGGAUGAAAGCAAAUUCCAGCAAACGGAUCGGUCAGUCCAAGACGGUCGACCAGUCGAUAUUAGGCGUCGAAGGAAAUUUCAAAAGACUUAAUUUCGAUUGAACGGAACUCGCAGCCGUCACCCGCGGUCGUCAGAAGAUCAAAUUUUCUCAAUAUUUUUACAAACGUACGGAAUACAGUAAUUGGUGUAAAUCGAAAUGUCAACCGCACGUCGUCAGUUACGUCUGGUGCUCCUAUGCACACUUGCGAUAUUUCUGGAUGGUUCAUAAUUGUACAAAUUAUUUAUGUAAUUGUUUUUCGUUUUCGGACGAGGCGCGCGCAAUCGAUUAAUUUUAAUUUUAAUUAUUACUACUGCUAUUUAUUGUAUACCUUAAAUAUUGUUCACCUCAUAAAACUAUAUAUAUAAUACAUACUAACAAGAUUUAUGUAUUAAGUAUCCCUGGUGAUUUGGACGUUUCACCCAGCAACGUCGUCGAGUAGAUCGCCGGUUUCAUUGGUAAAUUGUUUAAUCAUCGAAAAACGUUGUACGGUUUAAUACUACGUUCUUAUUGUGUUAAUUUAAGUACUGCAUUGUUCGCGUGCUUCGUGUACUAUUGCUCUAUUAUUGUAUAACUGUAAAAUAUAUUGUAAUAAGCGAAUAAAUUAUUAUGUUCGACGUUGUUGAA